AUGGGCUCCAACAUCUUGAUCACCGGAGCUGCUGGCUAUAUAGGAGGUUCAAUCGUCGCAGAUUUUCUGGCAAGAAACACCGUUGAUGCGGGUCGUCUUUUUGCUGCAGUUAGAACCGAAGAGCAAGCCAUUUCUCUGUCGAAGUUGUGCGUCCAUGUUCUUCAGUUGGAUCUGACAGAUAAAGAUGCUGUGAUUAAGAGCUUGCUUGCCCAUGACAUCAGGGUCGUCAUUCAUACGGCAAGUUCUAUCAACCCAACUAUGCCGCUGAACCUGAUCACUGCGUUAAGCAAACAAGGUGAAGUGAGUGGGAUAAAAACAUCCUUCAUCCAUAGCUCGGGACAGGGUGCAUUCUUCACCAAUUCUCGUUGGCCGACCGAACCAUUCAAGGAUACGGAUGCAGUAUUUGAUACAGAGAAAGCAUUAGCAGGCUCCUCUCCUAUCCGACAGACCGACGUAGCUGUCAUUGAGCAUGCCGAAGCGCGAGGAGUAGCCAGUUUUAUCGUUGUGCCUCCCUUAGUUUAUGGCAAGGGGAGCGGUGAAUGGAACAAGCUAUCAGUGGUAUUGCCUAUUUAUAUUGAAGCCAGUAUUUCGGAUCGCGCCGUUUGGAAAUUCUCUGAAUAUCCGAAAAUGUCGGCUGUUCACAUUUCGGAUUUGACUGCUCUCUAUAGAAAAAUCCUAGAGAAAGUACUGCAGGAAGAAGAGCUUCCAACUGGUCGCAAAGGGUAUUACUUCGCGCUAGCCCAUGAUGUCUACAUGGGAGAAGUCUUGGAUCACUUAGCCAUAGAGCUGAAGGCUCGUGGUCUCAUCGAAGAUUCAAAGACCAAGAUUUAUCCCAAUGAUGAGGCUGCUGCAAAGUCCCUUGGUGUUCCUGUACAGUUUGUGCCCUUGUGGAAUUCAGGUGACAACAUUAUCGCCGAGAUUCCUCAGAAGAUGGGGUGGAAACCAACGUGGAACAAUGAUCGAUUCUUGAAAAACGUCGGUGAUGAGAUCGAUGCUGUACUUGAGCUUGGAAAGGCGAAGAGCAGUCUUGUCAAUUCUCUUUUUGGAUCUGCUAAAGCUCUGUAA